UAGUUUACUGAUAUUAUGUACAUACUGGGGGGCUACGCCCCCUGAGCCGCUUCGCGGCUCCAACCCCCGGUUCGCGCCCUCGCUUUGCUCGGGCUGCUCGCAUGACCUUCGCUUCGCUCGGUCUUUUCCCUAUCCUUUGGCUCAACAGCUCGCGCCCUCGCUUCGCUCGGGCCACUCGCCUGAUCUUCAGGUUGCUCAAGCCUCUUGCUCUUGUUUUCAUACAAUCAUUGUUAGAAGAAACUCAACAUGAAUGAAAGAACCCUCAAGAAGUAAGUUUUUUGGAUUUUUAACGCGGGCCCACGUCCAUCACUUCAAAAAAUUUGAAAAAAAAUCUACGCACUUUGAUUUAUGAGUAAUAAUUUUCCCAAAAAAUUUACAUAGCACUACUUUUAGGUUUAAAGUAAUAGCAGUUUGAAAUUAUUACCUUCUGAGCUUUUUGGCUAGCAUACAGUUCAUGAAAUUAAAAAAAAACCUAACAGAUUCACUUUCCGUACUUCUAUACACCACAUGAAGUUUAAAAAUUGUUUUGUAAGAAAAAUACGAUUUUCACUCCUAGGGGGCAUGGGCGGGGUCGAUGAUGGGCGAAAUUUGUUGAACUCUUAAUUUUUUUUUGGUCCUCCAAAGAUACCCUGCGAUUUAUUAAUUUGUUUCACAUACCUUUUCUUGAACUUAUGAAUAUUUUCAAAAUCUGGGCUUCACUUUUUCAAUUUUUUGGGUAAAAUUCCAAAAUUUCCUUUAUUUUUUCACAUUUUGAAAAUCUUUAAAUUUCAUAUGUUUUUUCCUAUUUCACAACUUCCCACGAUAUCCCAUCACAGAAUUAUUCACUUAUCACAACAGGGAUACCCUUUGAUGAUUUUUUUUUUGCGUGUUGACUGAAAAUCUAUUUCCACAUAAUUUAUCUCCAUCUAUCCUUCAUGUCUUUCCUAACUUACCCCCUCCCUCCCUCUUACCCUUCCAAAUGAUGUAUGUAGGCCCAUGUGAUCUGGUUUUUGUAGAAAUUCUGUAUAAUAAGGCUGUGUUUAUUCCCUUAUGUAUUCAUACUAUUGACGCAUGUGUCUGUUGUGGAGUGUUUUAAAAUGAAAUGUAGGGUGAAGAGGAAGAGGCGAGUUUCUUUAUUGUUGUAAGAUACCACUGUCAGGUAUAUCGCGAAAAACGCCACAAAAGAAUCGCCACCCAAACCUGUUUCAGUGCAUGAUGACGCGAUGACGUGUUAAACAUCCCUAAACGUUCCAUAACUUUGCUUCACUGGAUUCGGCUGCAUAAGUUCUCAACUUUCAACUCGCUCUAGAAGCUUUCCUAAUUAACUUUUUAAAGUUUUUAGAUUUUUCCUGAUAUCCUGUUAUCCACACCUUUCCACACCCCAAGUUUGAGCUUUCUAGCUAUCAUAGUUUCUGAAAUAAUUUCUAUCAGUAACAUUCGGCGAUAUAUUAUACUAGGGGGCUACGCCCCCUGGCCGCUUCGCGGCCCAACCCCCAUACUCGUUCCUCGGGCUUCGCCCUCGGAACUCGCUCUUGGGGGCUGCGCCCCCAAACCCCCCUUCGCUCACUCUCAGAAGAGGUUUGCUCCCAAGUUUAUGCUUCGAUUAAAACUUUGGUUAAAAUGAAAGAUGAUAGACGCGAAAGCAAAGCACCGAAGAUAGACGCAUGGGGGUUCAACUCAAUGGUAAAAAAAACGAGACCAAGUUUGGCAUAGACUUACUAUUUUAGAUCAGACAUGUAGUUUGUCAUUCUGUCGCUGAAUUUUCUGAGCGCUGCUUGCAAUAUUUUUAUUCAUUACAGUAAACACCUGUGGCCAUCAAAACAGGGUUCAAACAUGUAUUUCUAAAAUUUUCUAAUUUCUACAAUUUUCAACAGGAUGAUAACAAAUGUGGUUGUAAUAACACAAUGUCGAUUGAUCUUUUUCAAUUUAAAUUUUGGUGUGAUUUUAAAUUUAUUUAUUAAUUAAUGGUAGUGUACUGCUGUGAGUGCUGUGUACCGAACUGCCGAACCUGAAAUGACAAUGGACAAUCGGGAAUUCGGGAUCGGCAGAUUCGGAUGCACAUUACCUGUACACUGUUCUGUUAUGUAUAAAACAAAAACUUAACAUUGAUUUAAAUAAAUCACAUACUCAUUAUCGAAUCGAUGUUUUUUUUCAACUUGAGUAAUAAAAAUAAAAAUAAAAAUUUGAAUGAAAUCGAAAAAUAAAUAAAAAGUACACAUGAAUCAUACACUAGCGCUCGUCAUUGCUGCGACAGAAUGACAAACUAUGGGUCCGAUCCAUUCAGAUUUUGUUUAUGUUUGCGUAAAAAGUAGGUAAAAACUUGGUCCCUUCUCCAGAGUAUCUGAGUUGAUGAUCUAUUUCAUACAUGUAGAAUAGAAUUAUCUAUGGAUAGACGGAUUAACAUUAUAACAUUAUUUAGCAAUAAUAUGUAUCUGUUUCUGUUAGAGCCCUGCGCCGCCGCGCCGCGCCGCCGCCGCCACCAAUUUUUCACACAUUUUUUGAGCCGCCGCCGCCGCUUUAAAAAUUUUUGAAGCCGCCUUGCUCGGCUGAGCCGAUUUAAAUCAUUCAAACGGCAAAUUUCAGGGAAAUUUUCCUCAUAUUUUGGAUUUUUUCAAGUGGCUAAAUUUUUCAAUUUUGCCACGCACUACCUAGAAUGAUUUCUCUUCUCAGCUUGGAAAAGAAUGCUAAAUGCUUAUCUGAGAAGCUGAAUAAUUUUCGCAAAAAAUUUGUAUUUUGAGGUAAUUUUAUGAUUUACGGAAAAUUACCUCAAAAUUUCAAUCUUUGUAGCCGGCUGAGCCGCAGCCGAGUAAAAUUUUUGCCGCCGCCGGAAACGUCGGCUGGAAUCGGCUACGCCGCCAGCCACAACGCUGCGCUCACCAUAGCCGCCGCCGAUCAUUUCGUCGUCGGCGCAGGGCUCUAGUUUCUGUUGAGAAUUUCACGCUGCAUCGAUAUGCACAAAUCAUAAUCCUCGCAUUGGACUGAAGAAUUCCGUUGUUGGAGGAGGAGUGAGAGGUUUGUAUGCGCGCGCAUGUCGCGUGAUCCUGUCUGGAAUUACGUUGGUGGUUGUGCGUAUGCUUGUGUGGGUGUGAAUGUACACGCAUCGUCCUAACGGUUUUUUGUUAUAAAAUGCCAUAAAAAUCGAUCAAAAUCGCACGAUAUAAUAAACUUUUUGCUAAUCUGUCUUCGCCAUUAUAAUGAGCAUGAAUUUUCGGACAUUUCCCUCGUUGACAGUACCCAUCUAGCGUUUUUAGUUUUCGAGAUAAUUUAAUUCAAAAUUGUGUAACUGAAAUUCGAAAUUUGAAUUCAAAAUAGCUCAAAAACUAAAAACCCCAGAGGGGUAAUGUAAUCGAGGGAAAUGUUCAGGAUUUAAUGCUCUUUAAAAUGAGAUAUUAACCACCCUUCUAGCCUUUUUCGUUCUUGAUAUAUUUGAGAAUAAUCGAAAAAACGGCAAAAACAGCCCAUUUAAACUCAAAAUUUGGGCCCUUUAAUUUCAAAAUUUUUGCCCCCGCGUAUUUUUCCUAUAUUCUAGAGACGUUAAGCUGUCGAUUAAAAAAAAAAUCAGCUCUCUAGGUGCCAUAGAUCGGGCUGGGAAUUUUUUUCCGAUUUUUCGAGUAUUUUUCGGGUAUUUUUUGGGUAUUUAUUUUUCUUGCAGCUGUAUAGUAUAGAUAUAAUAUAUAUAGGUAUUAGUAUCCAGACUUGUCAACUAAUCAAUGGGUUAAUUUUACUAUACAAGUGGACUGACCAACUUCUCAACUAUAGUUGACAAGUCAUGGGUUAAUUUUACUAUACAAGUCAACUAUGAGUUUUUAGAAACUUCCACCAGAGUGCGCAUGGAUUAGAAAUCAAGGCGCGAGGACGAACGCAGGGUCUACAGUCGAUUUGUAGUGAGUAGAAUGUGAUGCGCUGGUGGAGAUGUAUAUAAAUACUUCGAACCUGAGUGUACACGACAACAAAUUUGACCUAAAAUUUUUCAGUAUUUUAUUGGCCCAUGGAAAAAUUAAAAACAUCAAAAUUUUUUAUGCUGUUCAAGCUUUCUUGUGGUGUCUUAACUUCCUUAAAAUUCAAAUUACUUCAACUCCAUUUUCAAACUUUUUCUUCAAAAUUUAGCCUAAAAAUCUGAUUACUUUAUCCAACCCAUAGAUUUUUCUAAUAUUAAAUUGAAUCUGCAAAUAAAAUUUUGAUAAGUGAUUUAGAACAGAAAUUAUGCCAAUUUUAAAAUUUUGUUCACUUUUCAGCAUAUAUGCCAAGCAUAGUUGACAUGUCUGGUCGCAAGCAAAUAUAUAUAUAUAAUAUAUAUAUUGAUUGAUAAGUAUUGAUAUUUUUAGUACUUAUCCAUACUUUUUGGUAUUGACGAUACUUACAAGGGAGGUGCCCCAGGUGACAUGCACCGAUUUUAAUGAUUCUUGCACCAUUGGAUAGAGGACAUCGAACAUAGCCUACCACCAAAUUUUCAGCUGCUGAAGUUGAUAUUUCGAUUUUUCAGAGCAAUUUUUCGAUUUUCACAUAGCAAUUGUGAAAAUAGAAAAAUCGCCCUGGAAGGGUCAAAUACCAAUUUCAGCAGCUGAAAAUUUCACCGUGGGCUGGUCUCAUCAUAUGUACUGAAAUACCCACAUAAUAUUGAAGGUUUAGGUAUGCGACCUCCGCCGACCAUUUUUGGUAAAUUUUUCAGAAUUGCCAUGUGAAAAUCAAAAAAUCGCACUGGAAGGCUCAAAUAUCAACUUCAGCAGCUGAAAAUUUCACCGUGGGCUAGUUUCAUCAUAUGUAUUGAAACGCCCAAAGAAUAUUGAAGGUUUCGGUAUGCGACCUGCGCCGACUAUAUCGCACCUCGGGAGUUAUAAGGUCACAUCUCAAAAAAGUGAAAUUUUACAGGAGAGUGAUUUUCUUUUUUUUUAAAACUUGAUUCAUUAUUUUUAUCAACUUAUAAUUAAUUGUGAGGAAUGAAUAGCACCUCAUUUUAAAGAUCUGGUAUCCUACCUUCAUUUAGCAUAAGAACACUUUGAAAAAUAAAAUCUUAAAGAGGAAAUAUUUCAAUGUUUGGAAAACAUUUUGAGUUAUAACCUUUCAUUAAAGUUGAUGUGGAGGCGAAAGGAAGCGUCCAAAAAAAAAUUCAUGAUAACAAAGUUGUAGAGAAUUAAAUUUCCAAUCGACAUAAUGUCGUUAGUUUUUUUCUAAAGUGCUUAGUUUUUGAGUUUUUCUCAAAAAACUAAAAUUUCAUGAUAUGUGCAAAUUCAUUUUUCUGAAAAGUGAUCAAUUUAAAAAAAUUUUUCCAUUUGGUACAAACCAAUAAAAAAUGCCCUCCUUGUGACUAUUUCUAACUGACAAACAUUCAACACAAUCAAAACUAUUUGUUAACACUUUGUAUGUACGAAAUUUGCUCAAAAAAGGUGGAGUUUUUUGAGAUGUGCCCUUAUAACUCCAAACAACUUGCAAUGUUGUUGAGAUUUUGAGUUAGGCUAUUUGCGUUUUUUACAAGAUCUAGAUGAUGUACCCAACUCAAAGUGUAAUUUUUGGUUGAGGGGAGUCAUACAAACCCCAAAAAUGCAAAAACAUCAAAAUCAAUUUUUUUUGAGAUGUGACCUUAUUACUCCCGAGGUGCGAUAUUUGGCCAAUUUUUCAAAAUUGCAAUGUGAAAAUCGAAAAAUUGCUCUGAAAAAUCGAAAUAUCAACUUCAGCAGCUGAAAAUUUUGUGGUAGACUAUGUUCGAUGUCCUCUAUCCAAUAGUGGAAGAAUCAUUCAAAUCGGUGCAUGUCACCUGGGGCACCUUCCUUGUUAGAUCAACACAUGACUGUCUUGUACUUAUUACAGAAAUUACCAAAUGUCAACAUCACAUAUGAAUCCUACUAUAUAUCAGAUGCCAAUCAAACAACACCAAAGAUUGAUUAUGAGAUACCACUAGAUGAAAAGUGGGAAGUUCCAAGAGGAAACGUUGUUCUUGGGAACUUUCUAGGAGAAGGGGAAUUCGGAAGAGUUGUCAAAGGAAAUGUUUCGGGCCUCUCACAACAACAUGAUGACACAACAGUAGCAGUAAAGAUGUUGAAAAGUAACUACAAAGACACAGAUUUGGUCAACUUGGUGAUGGAAAUGGAACUGAUGAAACUUAUUGGCAGACAUGACAAUGUACUUGGUUUACUCGGAUGUUGUACACUUGAUGGGCCAUUGUACAUUAUCACAGAAUACUCUCCACAUGGAAAUUUACUCGAUUUUCUUAGAAAUCACCACCUUCCUUCCAAACCGUCGGCAAUUGAUGACUUGUCUGAAAAAGUUCUAGUCACAUUUGCCCUACAAAUAGCAAGCGGCAUGGAGUAUUUGGCUUCUAUAAAAUGUAUCCACGGAGACCUAGCAGCUCGAAAUAUCUUGUUAUUUGAUGAUUAUAUCGUGAAAAUCGCCGAUUUUGGAUUAGCCAGAGAAACUGGACAUACUGACUACUACAAACAAAAAACAAAUGGAAGAUUCCCAGUUAAGUGGAUGGCACCAGAAGCUUUAACACACAGACGUUUCACAACUCAAUCUGAUACAUGGUCAUAUGGUGUGCUGUUGUGGGAAAUUAUGACUUUUGGCGCUGUUCCGUAUUCGUCAUACAAUGAUUUAGAAAAAUUACUGAAAGAUAUUGAAGCAGGCUAUCGUAUGAUGAAACCCAAAAACUGUUCGACAACAAUAUACUCCCUAAUGUUGAAAUGCUGGAAUUAUUUACCCGAAGAACGACCAGACGUCACAACAAUCAUUGAAGAAUUGAAUGUCAUUCUGGCAGAUUAUGACGCAAUUGUUGAACAUUCUGAUCCUCCCAGUCAGAUGGAAAAUGAAACUGAUAGUCUAUUGGAGAGCAUUACUUGAUGAUACAAUGAAGGACUGUUAUUUUAUGAUUUUAUCAUAGCUUUGUGUAUUACUCUGGGCGAUUAAAACCUAUACCUACUUGGUAUGCUUCCUUCAUUGAAUACCUAUAUUAUUCUAUUGCACAUUUACCUACCUAAGUAAUCGUUUAUUCAUUUUUAUUAUACUUAGUCAAUGUAGUCAAAUAUGAGUAUAGAUGUAAGUGGAUCUAUGGGUAUUCUUCAUUGGUACAUUAUGGAUAUAUAAUAAAAUAUUUUCUUUACA